GUUGUGGGACAGAGGGAUUACCACUUUCGGAUUUCUCACUUCUGUUGGAGCUGACUGCCGAGCCCAAAGGGCUCAAGAAUCUUUGGGAACAAAACAGAGAGAAGCUGCUUCUGAACCAAAUGGGGGAAACCUUUUGAUCCCCAUGGGUGAUCCGGAAAAAGAUGCCCUUUUUGGGUACCCCUUGAAUUUUAUAUAGGCCGCGUAGGAGGAGGGGAGGGAGGUAGCCUUCGGUUGACUGUUAGAAAAAAGCAAUCGUCGACUGUAUUUUCCUCCGUCUAGGUUUAGGGGGAAUUGCCCCCAAACAUUAGAAGAUGGCGGAAGCAGUGGUUUACAGUUGCAGGCGCGAACAAGAAGAAGAUGAAGAAGAUUUCGAUGGUGAUUUCAAGAAAUACAUGGACGGGGAGCUGCAGUGGUCGCGGCUGAAGAGUUCCGGUAAACCGGAGGAUGCCUCUGCGGAUCCGCUCUUCGGUUCUGAUUUAUUCUGGGAAGGCAUCAGAUGGGUCUUCUGGAGCCCACAACAUGAUAAUUUUGUAGACUUAAAUCCCAACGCCCCCGCCAUUUCAGAGGUUAGAGACAAGCUCAGACAAGCUUUUCAGAAACUAAUUUUGUACCCAGAACUCAAUGCAUCCUUAGUUCAAUUUUGGGCACCCACAACAGAAGCAUUGGAGGGCCGGACUUUGCUUACGACUCAAAACCAACCUUUUGCCCUGGGUAAAACAGAUCAUAGGACUGAUAAACUGGGGCUUUGUGAGUAUAGGAUGAUCUCUAAGGAGUGUAAAUUUUAUGUGGAUAGAAAGAGUGGAGAACAAGAAGAACAACUUGGGCUUCCUGGGCGCGUGUUCCUAUAUCAACUGCACGAAUCAGCUCCGAACGUGGAGCAUUACUCUGUAAACGAAUACCCACAACGCCACCUUGGUUCACAUUGCCCCAUCAAAGCAACAUGGGCUGUGCCCGUGUUUGAACAUUCGAGCCAAACCUGUGUUGGUGUUCUUGAGCUAGUGUCUUCUAUUGAGAAUGUAGUAUUUUGGUAUCGCAAAUCUUUCCUCCGCAAUCUGGACCGUGUUUUUCAGGAGCAAGGUCUGCAAUGUUUUGACUUAUAUAAACACUAUGAAAUGCAAAAAAUACUUUCAAAACAGAAGCAGUAUGAGAAUGAAGAUCUGAAAACUGCCUUCACAAAAAUCAGGAUGCUGAUGGAGGUGGUGUGUGAGAAUCAUAAUCUACCUUUGGCUUUAGCAUGGGUGCCCUGUGGUGAUUGCAAUGCUUUAUUGCGGGGCCAUAGUGUUGGAUACUGCAACAAUGACCAGUUUUUCGACUUCAUAAUGGUCAGUCAGGCACAUCACAUAAGACAAGGGCAAGGGGUUGUUGGGUGGGCACUUUCAUCUCCUAACUUGUCAUACUGCUCAGAUGUAACCCAAUUCAGCAUAGCCGAGUACCCCUUGGUACCUUAUGCACGAGAGUGCAGAUUAAGUGCUUGUUUUGCAAUAUGCUUGCAAAGCAGUUGCACUGGAAAUGACGUUUAUGUGCUAGAAUUCUUUUUGCCCUCGAGCAACAAGGAUGUUGAUGAUUCAUGGAUCUCGUUCAGCAGGAUAUUGGGAACGAUCAAGGAAGUUUUUAAAAACUUUAAGCUUGCUUCUGGACAGGAACUAGGGGAAGAAUUAUCUGUUGCAGUUAUUGAUAUCCAAAAUGGUCAGAAACUUCAUUCUGUUCAUAUUAUCCCAGCUGGUAGAUCUUUGCCUGGUCUUGAACUCUUACAUAAUGGGGGAGUGACGAUGCAGCUACGUACACAGGAUCAACCAUCAAUGGAAGCAAUAAACAACGCCAUGAAUUUUGCCAGUGCAGAAGGAAACAACAUUAGUAGCUUUUUACCUAGGCUUGAACCCUUGCAAAAUGGAGGAGUGACUAUGCAACUGGAUUCAUUGGAUCAACCAUCAAUGAAUGCCAUGAACAGUGGAAUGAAUUUUGUCAAUACAGAGGAACACUACGUUUUUGUUACUAGUUCAGAUUCUUCAGAAGAAGAAGGCACAACAAAGACAGAAGAAAGGGAACACAAAAGAACUGGAGUCAGAAUUGACGUUUCUUUAGAGGAUAAAUGCUCAAAUCUGACCCAUGAUAAUGCUGCAAGUAAACUUGAAGUUAGCAUAUCGACAUUCAAGCCACCUCACAACGUAAAGAACAUUGACCCUAUUUGCCCCCUUGUUGAUCAAGAACGAAUCGCACAACUGAGUUCUGGUCCGCCUUCUAAUCAAGCCCCAGUUAGUGUUGCUCAUGUAAGGCCACGUGGUACAGCUUUCCAAGACGCUAAUAUGGUGACCAUAAGGGCAAAAUAUGUCAACGAUAUUACCUUAAAGUUUGGGCUGUCUAUGUCGUCGGGAAUAACAGAAUUGCGGCAGCAAGUGGCUAAAAGGCUGAACCUAGAGCCUGAAACUUAUAAUAUCAGGUAUACAGAUGAGGAUGGUGAGGUGAUUUUAUUAGCUUGUGACGAUGACUUGCAAGAUUGCAUACAUGCUUCUAAAUCACUGGGCAACACUUCAGUUGUGGUGCUUCUUGAACCCAAAUAGCCUGUUAUCCAUCGACCAUCUUGUAGUUUUUUACAUCUGUUUCAAUUCCUGUGAUUUUCAAGUGUUCGUUUUUUCAUGGUAAUGGUGCUACCCCUAUGAAAGAUCAGCUCUUGGUGCUCUUUUUUUUGUUUGUUCAAGUCUAUUGUACAAUGUUAGGAAUCUUUUGUUCCUUCCAAUACUUUCUUUCCAGUGUUGGUGGUGAUUUGUGUAUCAAAUAUACAGGACCUGAGCACGACAGAUUAUAGUUCUGCAUAACAUUAUUAGUUAGCACUUGUAGUUAGUUUGUUGUAAGGAAGAUUGUGAACAAUGGAAUGGUUUUUAUGGAGUGUCAGUGUAGCUGGGUUGUAUUGAACGAGUAAUUUAAUUCCAGAUUCCUUUCAGUUGGGUUGCA